UUGAAUACGUUUUAAAUGAACGAUCUAAAUGAAGGAAUGUUUAUGGAAUGGGGACUACCGCGGAUGAGCGUAGUGUUCUUUGUCGUAGUUUCAUUUAUCAUGUGCGCUAUUUGUCGGGCCCUCGAUGAUCACGCAGACGCCACUACCACUUCAACGAUACACGAGACAACAAAACGAAUCAGCGACAUAUACAAGCCGCGAGGGGAGCUUACUGCUGACCUCCUUCGCCAUGAAAUUAUACCUGACUGUGUUUAUGAUGUCCCUACCAUUGUUUGCACGGUAGAGUGGGUAAAUGGAAAAUUCGCUAGCCUCGGAAAUCUGAUUCCGAUCGAUGUUGUUAACUCUCCGCCACAUUGGAUAGACUUCAAAGGGAAUGAGACAGAAUGGUAUACCUUGAUCAUGGCAGGUCUUGAUGUGCCGUCUCACAUGACACCAACGCUUCGAGAGUAUUUACACUGGUUGGUUGUAAACAUACCAGGAAAUGAAAUUAAGGAAGGGCAGGAACUUGCUUCUUACAACGUACCAGCGCCCGCUGAGGAUACAGGUAUCCAUCGGCAUGUAAUUGUUGUGUACAAGCAACCCAAGAAAUUAGCUUUCGAUGAAAAACCAAUUCGAUCUUCUUUUGCUGAUGAUCGGCGAGCUAACUUUUCAAAUUGUCAUUUUGCUGAGAAGUAUCAUUUCAGUGAAUUUCAAUCACCCGUUGCCAUUAACUUUUUCCAAACUGAGUGGACACCUAAGACAACGGUGUCCUCCUCGCUGUUAUCGACGACUCACCCUACGACAUUCACCAGCCAGGCAGCUGAUAAUUUAUAAACCAAGAAGAAUCCUCAAUGAGAACGCUGCAUAAAUUACUAAAAAUUUCCAACGAAUUUGAUCAAAACAAAGAAAAGCUACGUGAAACAUAUGGCAAGUAAAAUUCUCAGCAAAACAUAGGCGGAUCCAGCGGGGGACGUAGAGGGCGCACGCCCCCCCCCCCCCGGUUCACCCGAAAAAACAGGAGGAAGAAAAUGAGAAGAAAGAGGAACAGAGGAAAGGAGAAGAAAAAACACUUGCAUUUAGCUAUUGUUCAUAACGAAAUUGACUCGAACUACAUAUUACGAAAAUUUCUGGCGGUAGCCUACAAAUCCCCCUUACGCCCCCUCCGUUCGAGAUGUCUGGAUCCGCCUAUACAGCAGCAUUUGGAUUUUUCAUACGUCUGGUCAUUUCACCUUACAACUCCCUCUAUUCGUCCGUCAAACUAGCUACAUGAAAGAGAGGAUGAACUCAUACUAUGAUCACUACUCUAUUUUCUUUAAUUUGGUGAGUUCCUUUUUGUAGAGACAAGAAUUAGUGAUUUUUUAGUGAAUUUCUUUCGCCGCUCGUUUUAUUGUUUUGAAAUUUUUAAUGAUCGUGUAUUAGAGCUUUUCGACUCGCUAUUUAGCUCAUCAGUUAUCGUCAAUUCCCGAUUUAUCAAGGGCAAACGAAUUUCAACACACCAUAUUUAGGAGCCGUUCAUAGAAUACGGAACGCUAAAUAUCAUAUUUUUCGACCCCUUUCUCUUUUUGUAACUUAGUAAUUUAGUACUUUUGUAACCCUCU